CUCACGUAUGAUGUGGCAUGCAUCAUCAUACACAAUCUCCUCACCCGCUGCCGGGAGUACUUUCCCGAGAAGGUUGCGAUGCUCGAGAACCUCCAGGUGCUCCUGCCGAAGCUUCAUAUGUACGCCCACAAAGAUCUCUGCCAAAUCGUUUACUCUUUGGCAUACUCCACCGGAUUCGGCUUGUCCCACAGCGAAGGAGUCGAGACGCCUUGGGCCGAGUUCAACAUCGCUGGCCUGCCAACACGUGAAAUGUCUGCUGGCGCGCGACACGACGCACUCACCGACCUAUUCAGCUUCUGGAACUGGCGCAAG